AUGGAUGAAAAUGACCUUCUCACCUGGCAACAUGGCUCUUCUGUCACGAUGGCUGGACAGCGCAGUGCUCUAUUUAAGCGUCAGUCUACGACUUGCUGCUUUGGGCUCGACACCGCUGGAAGGAUGCCAUGCUUACGGCCUUUGCUGUUUCAGGUUGGUUACUUAAAUAAUGCUUCUUGCAUAAGAAGUAGCAACCGUUGCUUCCUUGCGGUGUCGUGCCCACCUGAACUUAGGAGUGUUUUGAAGCGAUUAUUAUCUUGCAUGUAUGUAUGUGGUGCCAUGCGCGAACUUUUAUUAAUCCUGGCCGGUGAUGUGGAAUCAAAUCCCGGUCCUAUGAAUAAGACGGAGGCCGACGCAUUCGCUCUAGCCCUUACUGAAAUACGCGAUCUGAAGGAAAGUUACGAAGCUUUGCUCUCAAAACAUGCUACCGCCGAGAUUGAAAUUAAGCAGCUAAAGCGCAAAGUGGAAACGCUUGAAAGAGCCAAUGCUCUUCGAAAUGCUGAUGGGGCUGGUGUAGAUGCUGACGCCCUUCGUGCCAUGUCGGACAAAAUGAAAGCAGCAGACAGCAAAAUUAGAAAUUUGAGUACCAAGGUGAUUUCACUAGAAGAAAUCACCGCUACUCGGUCCGUGACCGCCCCUUCUGGCUCUGUUGACGCUUUGCACGAUGUGACGAACCAACUGUCAAAAAUCACGAAUAGGUGCGACGAGGCAGAAAAUAGGUUACGUCGGUCUAACCUUCUAUUUUUCGGCAUCGAAGAUGACCCCAAUGAGAACUGGGCAGUCUCAGAAGAUAAGAUAGUGAAGUUUUGUUCAGACCACCUAGGCACUUCCAUAUCUAGUCCACAAUUAGAGCGCGUGCACAGACUGGGCAGAUUUAACACAGAUAGACGAAGGCCAAUUAUUGUCAAGUUCACAUUUUUUAAGGACAAAGAGCAAAUUUUGUCAAAAUCGCGUAAGCUUAAGGGAACUAAUUUUUACAUACGCGAAGAUUUUUCCAUGAAAACGCGACAAGCUCGCCAAAAACUUCUGGAAUUCGCAAAGGCUCAAAACAAACGCUUUAAGCUAUCCGUUGAUAAACUUCGCAUUGACAAUAACACCUACGUUUUCGAUCACUCUAGCAACAUAGUUGUGCUGUCUACGAGAUAGCUAGAGGCUAA